AAUUGAUAUCAUUUUGUGUGCAGAACAUAACAAUUUUCUCAUCUAUAUUCAUUUGCAGUCGCUGUAAAUGUUUUCAAAAAAGAAUACAGCAAAGCAGACCUCAACUCCAGGGUCCUCCAAUGCUAAAAACAAGGAUCCUGCUGCUCCUGUUGAAACAGGCCAAUCAAAAACUGAACCAGCACCAAAAGAGGGUGCAUCUCAACCACCUACAGAUGCUAAAGCAACAUCAAAACAACCUGAGGCCGUUCCAACCUCUGAGACAAAGGAAAAACCUGAUAUUGUGAGUGAUGCAAAAGUCCCUCCUCAACCUGGAAGUGAUCUACCUGUAGACCAGAAGUCCACUCCACAACCAUCUCAGCCUCAACCGGAAGUUAAAGUACAAGCUCAACAACCAGCAACAAUCAGCAGUCCCCAGGCUCCUGCAGGUCCCACUGUUCCUCCUGCGGCGGCCCCUUUAACGACUCAGCCAGCACCCAAACCGACAACAGAACCACAAGCUCCAGGGGUUGCUCCAGCAGCAACACAAGUACCAGCUCCACAACCACCAGCAGCAGUCAGUCCCCAGGCUCCUGCAGGUCCCACCGUUCCUCCUGCGGCAGCCCCUUUAACGACUCAGCCAGCACCAAAACCAACAACAGAACCACAAGCUCCAGGGGUUGCACCUACAUCAAAGGAAGCACCCGCAGCCCCCACCAUUCCUCCUGGGGCAGCCCCUUUAACAACUCAGCCAGCACCAAAACCGACAACAGAACCACAAGCUCCAGGGGUUGCACCCACAUCAAAGGAAGCACCAGCAGCCCCCACCGUUCCUCCUGCGGCGGCUCCUUUAACAACUCAACCAACACCAAAACCAACAACAGAACCACAGCCUUCAGCGACUGCACCAGCAGCACCAGCAAAGCAAGUAGUGGAUGCCCAAGCUGCAAAGGACAAGAAACCCGAAACGCCUGGUCCCACCAUUCCUCCUGUGACAGCUCCUUUAACGACUGAACCAACACCAAAACCAACAACAGAACCACAAGCUCCAGGGGUCACACCAGCAGCAAAGCCAGUAGUGGAUGCCCAAGCUGCAAAGGACAAGAAACCAGAAACUCCUGCUACUGUGAGUGCAAAAGGCCCUCCCCAAGCUGUAAGUGAUCAGCCUGCAGACAAGAAGCCCAUUCCAGCACCAUCUCAGCCUCAACCAGAGAGUAAAGCUCAAGCUCCACAACCAGCAACAGCAACCAGUCCCCAGGCUCCUGCAGGUCCCACCAUUCCUCCUGUGGCAGCCCCUUUAACAACUCAGCCAGCAGCAAAACCGACAACAGAACCACAAGCUCCAGCAGGUGCACCAGCAACAAAGCAAGCGCCGGCUCCCGCCAUUCCUCCUGCAGCAGCCCCUUUAACAACUGAACCAACACCAAAACCGACCACAGCACCACAACCUUCAGCAACUGCACCAGCAGCAUCAGCAAAACAAGCAGUGGCUGCCCAAGCUGAAAAGGACAAGAAACCAGAAACGCCUGCUCCACAACCAGCAGCAGCAGUCAGUCCCCAGGCUCCUGCAGGUCCCACUGUUCCUCCUGCAGCAGCCCCUUUAACGGCUCAGCCAGCACCAAAACCAACAACAGAACCACAAGCUCCAGGGGUUGCUCCAGCAACAAUGCAAGUACCGGCUCCACAACCAGCGACAGCAGUCAGCCCCCAAGCUCCUGCAGGUCCCACCAUUCCUCCUGCAGCACAACCGGCAACAGAACUUCCUGCGGCGGCCCCUUUAACGACUCAGCCAGCACCAAAACCGACAACAGAACCACAAGCUCCAGGGGUUGCGCCCACAUCAAAGGAAGCACCAGCAGCCCCCACCAUUCCUCCUGCUGCGGCCCCUUUAACAACUCAACCAACACCAAAACCAACAACGGAACCUCAACCUUCAGCAACUGCACCAGCAGCAAAGCAAGCACCGGCUCCACAACCAGCAACAGCAGCCAGUCCCCAAGCUCCUGCAAAACCGACAACAGAACCACAAGCUCCAGCAGGUGCACCAGCAGCAAAGCAAGGACCAGCAGCCCCCGCUGUUCCCCCUGUGGCGGCGCCAUCAACAACUCAACCAACUCCAAAACCAACAACAGAACCACAGCCUUCAGCAACUGCACCAGGAGCACCAGCAGCACCAGCAAAGCAAGCAGUGGAUGCCCAAGCUGCAAAGGACAAGCAACCUGAAAUGCCUGCCGCAUUGCCUGAUUUAGAACAACCAACCCCUGAGGAAACCAAAGUAGCCGAAGAAGAAGCAGCUAAUGCACUCAAAAUAAAAUUAAUAUGCAACUUGUUAAAACAAUGCCCUCCGGGUGAAUUCAAGAAUGUCUUUGAAGACCUUCGCUUUCUGCUUUCUGAUGAUAAACUCAUGAAGCACGACGUUGCUCAGAUGUGUGCUAAUCAUUCCAAGAAAAAUUUCACCACUACAAACGUAAAAGGGGAAAGUGUUCUGGUGACUCGCCAUAAUGACAUGGAAGGGGAUCGCUUCUUUGAUCCACAGAUCAAGCUUUCCUUUACAUUCGAUCACCUGAACAGGAGAGCUGACAAAAUUCUGCUUUAUUGUAAUAUCAGGAGAGAUAAGGCAGAAUUAUGGAGAGAAACCCUUAAUGUGACCUUGGAAGCAUACAUGGAGAGGCAUUUCAUUUCAGGAGUUUGUCGGGUUUACAGAAAAACAAUUAGAAAUAGGCCAUAUCUUGUGGUCUGCAUGGAAAGCCACCAGAAUAGGAGAUUCUGGAACAUUCACUGGAAAUCAGAGUGGAUAAUUGCAGUCACUCCGCCUGUUUCCGAAAUCAAAGGGGACUUAAAAGUACAGCUUCAUUAUUUCAAAAAAGCCAAUCUUCACUGGACAGCAAGUAAUACUGUUGAAGGUUCCAUAUAUUUAAUUCAUCGGGACCAAUUUGCCUUGGAUUUUGAGAAAUUUAUUGAAGCUGAAGAUAACAAAUUUCAGAUGGAUCUUGUGAAAAGCCUCUACGAUUUGUCAAAUGAAACAUGGAGAGAGUUUCGGAGAAGGCUCCCAGUUACUCGCACUUCAAUCUCUUGGGAUAUACUGAUGAUGACUUAGAGAAAAGAAGUGAAGGCCACUGGAAAUGAUGAAUCAUUGUAGUUGCUGCAGUGCCUGUGUGAAUGAAAUAAUGACCAAAUAGAACAGUUGUGUAGUACAUUCCAACUGAUCUUUUUGAUUUGUUGUUCGAUGGUUCAUGAAAACAUGCAGUCCUUCACAAUAAACAGUAUCCAGGUCAGUGGUGUCUAGGUUAGUAUUUCUACUUCAUUUCUUUCUUUGAACAAAAGCAAAACAUCAAGAUUGUUUACAGA